AUGGACGGUGGCGGCUGUGGCUCCUCCACCGCCAGCAUGGGGGGCGGCGCAGCGCUCUGUGGGCAGGCGGCUGUCAGCCGGGGCGGCAGUCUACUGCACAAGCCAUGCGGUGGCGGUGGCAGUCUACUGCACGAGCCAUGCAGCGGAGGCGGCAGUCUAGUGCACAAGCCAUGCAGGGAGGGCGGGAGUCUACUGCAAGAGCCAUGCAGUGGGGGUGGCAGUCUACUGCACGAGCCAUGCAGCGGGGGCGGCAGUCUAGCGCACAAGCCAUGCAGCGGGGGCGGCAGUCUAGUGCACAAUACAUGCAGUGGGGGUGGCAGUCUACUGCACGAGCCCUGCAGCGGGGCUGGCAGUCUAGUGCACAAGCCAUGCAGGGGGGGCGGCAGUCUACUGCACGAGCCAUGCAGUGGGGGCGGCAGUCUAAUGCACAAGCCAUGCAGGGGGGGCGGCAGUCUACUGCACAAGCCAUGGAGUGGAGGUGUGAGCACAGACGCCACAGAGAUGCCGAGUGCAGAGUGCUGUAGCGACGGCUACUGGAACCGGCACUCUCGGAGCUGGAGUAACCGCACAGCUCUCGCCGCCGCAGGCAGGCAUGCUACGCGGUGCCAAGCACCCUCAGCCGCGCGCCUCUGCUCGCAUCCCCCCCAAGAGACGGAUUGCAGCGCCACGGGCGGCGGUUUUCAUCAGCACGCACACACCCGCGCACGCACGCACUGUCGGACAGCACGCAACGCGGCAGCAGGGGCGGGAAACCCCCGUCCCAGCCACCAGCUUAAAGGGGAACCCCCGCAGCAGAGGCACGCAGGCCGCGCAAGGCGACACGGCGCAACGUGA